AUGAAGAUUAUUUUCAGCAUCAUUACUUUCCUCCUCAUCACUCUUGCAAUUGUUGACGGACAUCGCCCCAACUUCCAUCAACGCAAGCAUCUUAAUCACCAAUUUCAUAAAUCAUAUCGCCAUCAUCUUAAGUUCUUUCAAAAUCACAAGUCACCCACAAAAUCGUGCACAACCAAAAUUUUGCCAAAACCCACAUGCGUUGAAAAUGUCCUUUGUAAAAUAGGUCACAAGUGGGAUCGAUCUGAAUGCAAAUGUGUCCCGAUGACCACAACUACAACCACUGCUUUACCAACAAACACAUGUCGUCCCAUCUUUUGUUUAGAAGGUUACAAGUGGGAUCAAUCUGAAUGCAGAUGCAUCCAGAUUACCACAACCACAGCUUCACCACGACACACAUGUCCUAUAAUCCAUUGUCCAAAUAAUUACCAUGUUGAUCCAUCUGACUGUAAAUGCAUUCCACCAACCGCAUAUAGUACCGAUCCUCCUAGUCCUAAAGCCGAACGUCAAGUAGAUUAUAGGCUCGUAACCAGACCAUAUAGAGAUUCGAGUCUGGCUUAUCCGAAAUAUGCAUCAAAUCCUGCUCAAUAA